GACCGGAGCUCCGUCAUGUUCUCCCCGGGACUCUCCGUGGCUCUGCUGGCCGCCUCCUGUGCUCUGUGGCCGGCUGCGGUCCGCGCCGCUUCCUGUGAGUCGGUUCGAAUCCCGCUGUGCCGGUCGAUGCCCUGGAACAUGACGAAGAUGCCGAACCACCUCCACCACAGCACCCAGGACAACGCGGUACUGGCCAUCGAGCAGUUCGAGGGGCUGCUGGGUACUGGCUGCAGUCCGGACCUGCUCUUCUUCCUGUGCGCCAUGUACGCUCCCAUCUGCACCAUCGACUUCCAGCACGAGCCCAUCAAACCCUGCAAGGCGGUGUGCGAGCGCGCCAAGUCCGGCUGCGAGCCGGUGAUGAAGCGGUACAACCACAGCUGGCCCGACAGCCUGGCCUGCAGCGAGCUGCCGCUGUACGACCGCGGCGUCUGCAUCUCCCCGGAGGCCAUCGUGAAGGCCGAGGGCCCCGAUCCGUACCACCAGGACCCAGCCAGGUGUAAUCCAGAAUCCAGUCCAGACUUCCCAAUGGACUCCAACAACCUCCACUGCAGAGGACCGAACAGAGAUCGCUGCAAAUGUAAAACCGUCAGAAUGGUUUUGAAAACCUACCUGAGGAACAACUACAACUACGUUAUCAGGGCCAGGGUGCGGGAGGUGAGGAACCGGGGUCUGGAGCCCACAGCGGUGGUGGAGGUGAAGGAGGUGCUCAAGUCUUCCUUGGUCAACAUUCCCAGAGAGACGCAGACGCUCUACUACUCGUCCUCCUGCCUGUGUCCUCCUCUGACUCCUGGGGAGGAGUACCUCAUUAUGGGCUAUGAGAACGAGGAGACGUCCAGGCUGCUUCUGAUUGACAGCUCCAUCGCUCAGAGGUGGAAGGACAAAAUGAGCAAGAAGAUCAAGAGAUGGGAUCAGAUCCUCCAUGGCAAGGGUCGAGGAGGUCAGCGCGGGGGUCGCCAGUGAGAUCAGAAUGUGUGUGUGUGAGUGUGUGUGUGUGUGUGUGUCUGUGUAGAUAUUGCACUAUAACAGCCUGUUGUAGCUGACUGUAGUUUAUCUCUUCAUCAUCUGAUUUUUGUCAUUUAUCUUCUUUGCACAAACAUUAUUUAGUGUGUUUGUCUGUGUGUUUGUGUGUGUUUGUGUGUGUAUGUGUGUGUUUGUGUGUGUGUGUGUGGUGUGUGUGCACUAGUGUCCACACCUAAAGCUCUCAAUAAAGAACAGAGCGGUGGUGUAGCUUCUCAGCUGUAGUACGAAACCUACGCACAGCCCAGUGGCGGCCAUGUUGGCUCCAUGGUCCCUGUCUUUAAUGGCAUCGGGGUGGAGGACAUUCAAAUGGACAACUGGACGACGAUGAUGGGUCUGUAACUACGACCUGAACUCAAACUGAACCCUGCAGACAGGAAGGAAGGAGAAUCACGGUCAUAGAGCAGCACGAGGAGGCAGAGCAGCAGAUUCAGUGUGAUGGAGCCUGAGAUGGAUUCAUGGACCAGAGAAGAAGACACGUCUCCGUCUUCGUCAACUACAAAGAGACGAACCGACAGAGACACAAAGGGAGACACUCUGUCUCUGAGAGGGGAGUUAGAGAUCCGUGCCCCCCCGACCUGUCCUCCAUGGAUUCUGUGUCAGUCACAUGUUUUAUAUCUAAUAUGUUCUGUUCAUGUGAAUUACAACAUAAACCAGAGGAACCAGUC